AUGUCAACUGAAGAAUGGAAAAACAAGCUGCGUCUCCCUCCGAAGGACACGCGGCGUCAGACUAAUGAUGUUCUGGGAACGAAGGGAAACACCUUUGAAAGUUUCCAUCUGAAAAGGGAGCUUCUGAUGGGUAUAUUUGAAGCAGGCUUUGAGAAACCUUCACCUAUUCAGGAGGAGGCAAUUCCAGUGGCUCUUAUGGGUAGAGAUAUUCUUGCACGUGCCAAAAAUGGUACCGGUAAAACUGCAGCUUUUGUUAUUCCAACAUUAGAGAAGAUCAAACCUCGUUUGAAUAAAAUUCAAGCUCUUAUUCUUGUUCCUACCAGAGAGUUGGCCUUACAGACAUCACAAGUGGUGAAAACUCUUUCCAAACAUAUGGAGAUCAACACUAUGGUUACCACUGGUGGUACAUCUCUUCGAGAUGAUAUUUUACGUUUGCACGAUCCUGUUCACAUAAUGGUGGGUACACCUGGAAGAGUGCUAGAUUUAGCUUCGAGAAGAUUGGCUGUUUUUGAUGAGUGUAAGGUCUUUGUCAUGGACGAAGCCGACAAAAUGCUCUCACGCGAGUUUAAAAUCAUUAUUGAGCAGAUUCUUAAGUUCUUCCCACAAUCAGAACCUGGCAAAGGUAAUGCCUACCAGUCACUUUUAUUCUCUGCUACUUUCCCGAUCACAGUUAAGGCAUUCAUGGAUGAUCACUUGUACAAGCCAUAUGAAAUUAACUUGAUGGAUGAAUUGACUUUAAAAGGUAUUACACAAUUUUACGCAUUUGUUGAAGAACGACAGAAACUUCACUGUUUGAACACUCUUUUCUCCAAGCUUCAGAUUAAUCAGGCCAUUAUAUUCUGUAACUCGGCAAACAGAGUUGAGCUAUUGGCAAAGAAGAUCACCGAGCUAGAUUUCUCGUGUUAUUACUCACAUGCAAGAAUGCCUCAGGCAGAGAGAAAUAAGGUUUUUCAUGAAUUCCGCCAAGGUAAAGUCAGAAACUUGGUCUGCACAGACUUAUUAACCAGAGGAAUCGAUAUUCAGGCCGUUAACGUCGUUAUAAACUUUGAUUUUCCAAAGACUGCAGAAACUUAUCUUCACAGAAUCGGUCGUUCCGGAAGAUUUGGCCAUUAUGGUAUUGCAAUUAACCUUAUUAAUUGGAAUGAUCGUUUUAACCUUUACAAGAUCGAGCAAGAACUUGGUACCGAGAUAAAGCCAAUUCCAGCACAGAUUGACAAAUCACUUUAUGUUAUUGAUCAACCAUCAUCAGUUCCAAGACCAUUUAAGAUUGACAAUCUCCCUAAGGCCAAUGAAAGAGCUCCUCGAAGAUUUUAUAAUGGUCAAGGCGAACAGGAGGGUCCUCCAGUUCAACAGUUUGCCCCACAACCUCAACAGCAGUACUGA